AUGGCGCUCAUCAAGCCGGUAUACGAGUGGAAGAGUUGGAGGGAACGCAUUCGUCAUUUCACCUGGGCUUGGCAUGCUGUGAUUAUGGGCACGGGAGCUGUCUCGGCCCUCAUCCACAACUUUCCUUACCACAACGACAGCCUGGCGCUUAAGGUCGCCUCACUUAUCGUCUUCCUCCUCAACCUUAUCCUUUUCGUCUUCGUCUGCACAUGCACAGUCCUCCGCUACAUCAUGUUCCCGGAGGUAUGGGGCAUGAUGAUCAAGCACCCCCACCAAAGUCUCUUCAUCGGUUGCUUCCCAAUGGGUGCAGCAACCCUAAUCAACUCUGCCCUCAACCUGAACCAGGACUGGGGUUUCGGAGGAAGAUAUCUCCUCUGGACCCUCUGGGGAUUCUGGUGGCUAGACUCCCUCGUCUCCGCAAUGUGCGCGUUUGGCAUGCUGUAUGUCAUGAUAACGCGGCAGGAGCAGUCAAUUCCGAAAAUGGCUGCGACAUGGCUCCUUCCCGUCGUCCCUCUCAUCGUCGCGUCAUCCUCUGGCGGUCUCCUAUCGCAUGCGUUCAUGGCUGUCAACACCACAACCGCACUCGUUACUUCCGCAAUUUCCUUCUCCAUGGUCGUCGCCGGACUCAUGUUCGCGCUGAUGAUGAUCACUAUCUACCUCGCUCGUCUAAUCACCGCCGGCCUCCCCGAUCCCGGCCUAAUCCUCUCCGCCUUCAUCGUGCUCGGUCCGCUCGGGCAGGGCGGCUUCUCGCUCCUCGUCAACGGCCAGGACCUCUCAGAGCUCCUGCCGCUGCACAUGGGCGAGGAGUUCCCGACCAUCGCGCUCGCUGGGCAGAUGAUCUUUGCGGGCUGCUUCCUCGGCGCGUACGCCCUCUUCUCGAUGGGCGUCGCCUGGAUCAUCCUCGCCUUCAUCUCAAUCGCCCACGUCCGCUCGAGCUCGAAGCUGCCGUUCUCGAUGGCGUACUGGGGCAUCAUUUUCCCGAACGGGGUCUUCGCCCUCCUGUGCGUGCAGCUCGCCAAGACCCUCAACAGCCCCGUCUUCCGGGCGAUCGGCGCGGGAUGGACAGCUAUCGUCUUCCUCUUCUGGAUCUGCGUGUUCCUCCGCAGCAUCCCCGCGUUCAUCGACGGCUCGAUGUUCAUGGCCCCGUACGUCCCCGCGCUGCCCCAGCCGGUGACGAAGAAGGCGGGGGACUACGAGGAGGGCAAGCUCGAAGGCUUCGGUAGCCACUCCAAUUCCGCCACCACCUUCGUCGCAAUCUGA